AUGGCGUUACCUCCAGCAGUCCACCGCAUUGUCACUGGGCAUAAUUCAGAGGGCAAAGCAAUCAUUGAGUCAGACACAAAGCUCACGCCACUGAAUCCGUACACAAAUGCUCCAUUGACCUCCGACUCUUCAGACCCAUUCGCCUUUGCCGUUGUGCAUCGCACUUCUGGGUUUCCAGCUUCCAACACCGAGCCCCCAAUCGAAUACCAUGGCAAGAAGAUGAGCCUUGAAGACAAGGUCGGAACUACAUGCCGCAUUGUGGACUUCCCACCUAUAAAGCUGGGUGAAGGUGGAAAGCUCCCCGAAGGCUUUAUGCACAGGACUCAAAGUCUCGAUUUUGGGGUCGUGUUGAAAGGCAGAAUCAUGCUUGAGCUGGAUGAUGGCGUGGAAACGGAGGUCGAGGAGGGAGCAGUCGUCGUACAGAGGGGUACCAUUCACGCGUGGAAGAAUGUCUCGAACGAGAUUUGCAGGAUGUUAUUUGUUCUCGUCCCAGCAGAGAAAGUGAAAAAUGAGAGUACAGGAGAGUACCUUGAGAUUACACCUACGCCGCAGUUGCUGGACGAUGAAACUAAAUAG